GUUUUUUUACCAAGAGGAGUGAUUCAAAUUUACCGCGCCGUAAUGCUUGUUUCUAAUUGGUCCAACGGCAGGCGGGUUUACUCCACUAAAUUAUGACAUUGACAUUUCUGAAAUUGACACUAUUAUUUAAAAUUCAAAAAUUAUAUCGAGUUUUUGUGUUUUUGCGUUAUUCCUAUAAUUUUUUGAUUUUUCGUCUGCAUUUAUAUAAAAAACAGUUCUUUUUAGAACUAUUUAGCGUCAUAUUAGUGUCAUUACGAUAAAAAUAUGGAUUCAAUGCCGAGUACUAGUGGUAAUUGCCCUUCUCCACCUAAAAAACGCGGAGUGAAUUUGGGUAGACAUUUAUCAUCAAAUGAAAAACAAUUCAUUAUAAAUAUGUACAAACAAAUAAAAAUUGAUGAUCCUGGAAUGAAAAUAACAGCCAUGGUAGCAAAAAUAAAGCAGGCAACAGGUAAGUUUUUCAGAAUACCGAUUGUUAAAAUCAAAGACUUACUAAGUAAUGUUCUAAUUUUAGGUGUUGCGAAUUCAACGAUUUAUAGAACCAUUAAGGAAUAUAAGCAAACUGGAACUGUAAGAUGUCCUAAAAAUAUUGGCGGUAGACCUGCUGUACUUUCAAGAUAUGACGAAAAAGUUAAAACAUCUGUACGACAGAUAGUACACAGCUUCUUUUUCAAGAACGAAAUGCCCACUUUAAAUAAAAUUUUAAGUGAAGUUAACAACCGCCCAGAUCUUCCAAACAUGUGUCGUUCAACAUUAUAUAAAUUCUUGAAGCAAAUAAAUUUUAAGUACUUGAAGAGAAGUCGAAGAAGUCAUCUUAUCGAACGUGAUGAUAUCAUAAGAUGGAGACGUCGUUACCUAACUUCUAUAAAAGAAUACAGAAGUCAAGGUAAACCAAUUUAUUACCUUGACGAAACAUGGGUAAAUGAAGGUCACACCAAAGAGAAAGUGUGGGUAGACACCGAUAUAAAAAACCGUAGACAGGCUUUUAUUGAGGGGUUGUCUACUGGUUUGAAAAAUCCAUCAGGAAAAGGAAAACGCCUCAUAGUUUUACAUAUUGGAUCAGAGUUAGGUUUUGUUAAUGAAGGACUUUUACUUUUUGAGGGAAGAAAGACAGAAGAUUACCAUGAAGAAAUGAAUGCAUCUGUUUUCGAAAAUUGGUUUAGUAAUAUCCUGCAAAAAUUACCAAAAAACGCUGUUAUUGUAAUGGAUAAUGCAGCAUACCACAGCAGAAAAUUAGAAAAAAUUCCGACAACAUCAUCAAAAAAGAAAGACAUGCAGGAAUGGUUAAAAAUAAAAAAUAUUCCUUUCAAUUUGGAGAUGGUUAGGUCAGAAUUAUUACAUCUGAUACGAUUAAAUAAAAAUGAGUAUAAUAUGUAUGUAACUGAUGAGAUGGCUAAAGAAAAUGGUCAAAUUGUACUGCGGUUGCCUCCAUAUCAUUGUGAGUUGAAUCCCAUUGAGAAAAUUUGGGCUCAAGUGAAAAAUGAAGUGGCAUUAAAAAACACAACAUAUAAACUGAAAGAAGUAAAAAAUCUACUGUUACAAGCUCUGGACAAUGUAACUCCAACACAUUGGCAAAAUUGUGUUAAGCACAUCCUGAAAGUAGAGGAAAAAAUGUGUAAACUAGAUGGUAUCAUGGAUAGUGUCAUAGAACCACUAAUAAUUUCAAUUGGCAAUGAUGACAGUGACACCAGUUCCUCAGAAGAUGAAUAAUUGUAUGUUCAAUACAAUUUAUUCAUCUUCUCAGGAACUUCGCUUCAAUGUAAUUUUGAUUUAUUUGAAUUUUAACCACAAUUUAAGUUUAAAGUUAAAUUUAUUUGAGAUUUAAAUUUUUAAAAACAAAUCACAUGGUAUGAUUUUUUUUUUAAUGGAUAUUCUUAAGUUGAUUUUAUGUUUUCGAAUGAACUAUCUUUCAAUAAAGUCGUCCCAGGAACGCAACUCAUAGAUAAGUAUUGGCAACAUCGUUUAUUUAAAGUUAUUUACUUUAAAAUGGAUAAUAUAAUGUCUGAACUGAGGCCAUGAGAGCCAGAGUGGCCUAACUGAUAUUUACAUUACUUUACAUAAUCAAAGAAAAUGAUCAGAAGCUAACAAUGUUCGAUUGUUUUAGUAAUUGUAUGUUGACCAAGAAUCAUUAUUGGUCAACAUACAAUUACUAAAACAGUCGAACAUUGUUAGUUUCUUAUCAUUUUCUUUGAAUGUAAAUAUCAGUUAGGCCACUCUGGCUCUCAUGGCCUCAAUUGUUAAUAUAAAUGAGUCAGAUAAAAUUAAAUUAGAAGUUUUUUUUACCAAGCACCAAAAACAAAAUGUUUUGCAUUUUGAUAACGACCUGCGAAGUGGAAAUCGAAACGUAUCGAAAUCAAAAAUAAAUUUAAUUGCAAACUAAAAUUGUGGCUUUAUUCCCACCUAAAAUAGUAAAUUGCAUCAGAUGCCACAAAAAAAUACUCUCUAUCUCUGCUGGCCAUUAACUCUCUCCAUCCAAUUCUGCACUUCUAUACCUACCAUCCAAAUCUGCACUUUUAUACCUACCAUCCAAAUCUGCUUAUUACUUUGAACCACAUCUUUCAUGAUAUUUCUGGUCUGACUUUCCAUAUUAUUUGUUAUUCUUUUUCCACUCCUAACUCCACUAAAAAUUCCCUGCAGUACUUUCGUUUUCUAGAUGUCAUAUUUUCAUUUCAUCUUUCUUAUUCAUUGUCCAAGUGUAACAAGCAUACAAUGCCACUGGUCAAGUAACUUUCAUUAUCCCAUUGUUCUGCUUCCUUUUAGUAGUAUCUUUUCUAUUUAUUUUUCAUCUUCCACUUUAUCAAUUAUUGUCACUCCCAAAUAUUUGAAUUUGCUAUAUUCUGUUCUCCUUUGUUUAUGAUCAUCCUUUGAAGUUUUGUUGUUUGGUGCAAUGACAAUUGGUUUCUAAUAAGCAUUCGUCAACUACGAAAUCUAAGUUCCAUAACUUUUCUUCCUCCUUUUUUGCAUGCUCUAUAAUGUACAUAGUUUCCAAUUUUCUGCAGUGGCUUUCGAUAUUUUCCUGUAAAAUUCUUCUCACAUCAACUAAGUUGUAUGCAUUGUUGUUUCUAGCUACGUCACCCUUUACUUGUGCCCAUAUUAACUCUUUAGGGUAGUUAAGUUGACAAUUAUAUGAGGAUAAACGAAGUACAGUUAUUCCGCCAUCUUUAGCUUUUUCAUCGAUUACAUAUUUUUAUACUUUUGUUUGUGUUGUUGAACGCUAUUCAUGAGUUCUUUUUUAACCAUCGUAUUAUCAAAUGUCACCUCUUUUCAUUUCAACUAAUUAAGUAUCUAAUGCCUACAUAAAUCCAAAGUCGGUAGUUUUUCAAUUAAACGAGAAUGGUUACUAGCAUUAUCCAUUACUAUGACAGAAUUUUGUGGUAUGUUACUAACCAUCUGAAAGAAAUAUUCUUGAAAUAGCUCUAUUUCCUCAUGAUAAUCUUCAGUGGAUCUUGUAGUAAAUUUUAAUAAACCACCAUUUAUAAAUCCUCUUUCAGAUCCAAUAUGAAUAAUUAUUAGUCUACCUUUUCCAAUAGGUGGGUUCAAACCAAACGAAUAUCCUUCCAUAAAAUCCUGUCACGAAUUGGUAAUAUUGUUAUCAGCCCAACAUUUUGAAACAGUUGUAUUGUAAUGUAAUAGUUGUAUUCUUGUGUACUUUUAUGCAGGUACCUCAGCGUUGAUUAAAUUUUAUUCUGAGAUGAGUACUAUCAUUAUUUUAUUACUUAUGUUGUUUUUAUAUAUAUCCUAAAAUACUUAAUAUGUAUCAGACCAAAUUUUAUAGCUACCAUUACUUAACACUUGCAAUUAUCUAAAUUGACGAGCGGUAAUAUUACUUUUCGAAAUUGAUGUAAAAGUAAUUUUAUUACUUCACCUUUCAAAUUCCUAAACAGCUUCACUUUUUUUAUUUGUUAAGAGGACUAUGUCAUCUGCAUAAAUAGUAUAUUAUGUAAUGUUGUUUACAUGUGUAAUUAAUUUUAUAUUGCUUUGUCAAAUAAACACUUAUUUAAAAGGAGAAAAACUCGUACUCAUUUAUUUUAACAUCAAAUAUAAAAAAUACAUGUUGAGAAGUAAACUAAAAAAGAAACUACAUAUAUCUCACAUUAUACAAGGAUUCAAUAAUGUAUUCUCAGAAUAAAUAAACAAAUUCUAGUGGAAUAUAGAUAGAAGAGAAAGACAGAUUACUAUAUAAAUUCAAAACAUAUAUAGUGAAAGUACAAUAAUAGACUAGCAGUAGACAAGUAGAUAAAAUAAACAAUAACAAAGCACUGAAAUCAGGCUAAAUAGCAUCUAACAUAGCAAUACAAACAGUUCAUAGCCAAUUAAAGUUACCAGGGCUCGAUCAAACAACCAAGAUAAGAUAUUACAAGAAAAACUAAAUGUCAAUUGCACAAAACCUUAAUACAUCCAGUAUUUACAUAUGAAUCUGAAAUCUGGUUACUUACUUAAAGUGAAGACGACCAAUUGGUUACUUAGGCAGAAGAAUCUUGACACAUAUACAAAGAAGAAAAAAAAAGGGAAAUUGAGAAGAAGAUAUAAUUUUGAACUAUACAGGACAUACCAGAAUCUAUAUACUAACAUUCAUCAAAAUAGGAGCACAUAAUAAGAGGAAAGAUGGAAGAACAUGAAAUAUUUUCCAAAAUAAACAAAGAAAUAUCAGCUGGACAUUAACAGGAGAAAGACCAAAGAUUACAUAUAGGCAAGGAACAAAUAGGAUAAGACAUUGAAAUUUUAAAAAUAAAAAAUUGGAAGAACAAAAAAUCAAAAUCUUCAAAUAGAUUAGAAUGGAGAAGUAAGUAUUCCUGAAGGGACCAAAACUCAAACAAAAAGAGUUGUCAAGCCAAUGAUCAUGAUAUUUGAGAAAUAAUAGGCAAAAAAUCCCAAAGAAAGACGACCCAUUAAAUAUUAAAAAAAAAACAUUUAAUAUAUUACAAGUAUUCAAUAAUGUAUUCUCAUUCUCAUGCAAAAUAUUGUCGAUAAAAAUGCCUCCUAAAAUUUAAACAUUGUUCCACAUCAUUAACAUUUCCAUUUACCGACAAAUCAAGAUUUUCUACAAAAUCAUCAUCACCAUCAUGAUUUUCUCUUGCACCCAGAUUAUAACUUAUAAGGUACUGUUGUAGCACAUAUUGCAAGGU